AUGUCGGACCCCCAAACCAGCGGAUCGCAGACCAUCGCGUCGAGCAAGCGCAAGGAGUCGGUCAAGUCCAGCCAAAUAUCGCUGAAGAAGGAUCCUUCGCUGUCGGGGACGGCCGAUCAUCUUGACGCCAACCAAGCCGCCGAUGGGAAGCCCAAGACACCAUCCAGCGGGCUCGCCAAAGCCGAGUCUGUGAGUCUUGGCCAAAAGUCCGAGGCGAGCACGGUCCAUCACGGCCUCGAGGAAGCCGCCUCCACCGAUGUUCAGACGACCGCUGGCCAGCCAAGGCUGGUUGCAGGUGGAGAAAUCCAGGUCGAUGGCAUCAUGCCUCUGUUUUUGACGGGCACCACCCAGGAGAUGUUUAAAAUCAAGGGCGGCGAGGAUCUCACCCUCGAGAACCCCAUGCGGAUGAUUCCCAAGGCCGAUCUGCUGGCCGAUAUCCACGCCCGUGCCGCCAUCUCGGACUUUUCCCCGGCCAAGCAGAUCAUCAAUGAAUAUCCGCAAGAGGAGCUGCUCGUUCACUGGGAUCCCGAGUUCAAGUAUGGACAGAACUUUUUCCUCUUCAUCAAGCCGGAGGCUGUGGAGAUUCUGUUGAAGCCGAUUGUCGUCGAGGCCGCCCCGGAAGAACUUCAAGCCUCUGUUACGUCGGCAAAGAAGGAAAAAGAGCGACACAAAUGGGAGUGUCUGGGGAGCGACAAGGAAAUCGAUGCCGAACGAAUGGAGAACACCCGUCCGUUGAUCAACAUCCGCAUGUCCAGGAAGCGGAGGGACUUUCUUCUCUCGUGCAAAUUUGGCGAUCGCGAUGCCAGCGACGGAUUUCUGGAGUGCAAGCCGUUCCGAGACCCGACCUACGAUAUCACGCGCAUGGAGCUGCCAAAGUGCAUACAAGCCGUCGCCCAGCUGAUUGACGCCACAAUCCAGACUACGUGGUCGCGAGCCACAAAUGCAUCUGUGCAAUAUGAGCCCGCGAUGAUGAACAGCGAAGAACAGGAGCUUCUGUUUGGAUCCGAGUCGUUCUACCAGUUCAUCCACGAGUCGUCUCCAAUGUUCGAGCACGCUAUCCAGCAGAACGAGAUCAUGGAUAUAUUUAUCGAUGAGUACAAGGAAUUGGGUGAAGAGGACGCUACCAUUGAGCAGGGUGCACACGCACAGCUCCAGGAAUACCAAUCAUUCACAGACCUGAAGCAUAGCAAGGACAGAUCCAUUUCGUGUGUAGACUGGCACCCAAUCCAAACAGGCGUUGUUGCUAUUUCAUGCGCGCAUCGACUCACGUUUGACGAUAGAGUUGAGUCUGGACUCAUGUUCCGCGCACACAAGUCGCUGCUCUUAAUCUGGAGCUUUCACGACCCUAUCCACCCACAGCUUAUCCUUGAGGCGCCGGACGAUAUAAUGUGUUUCAAAUUCAAUCCUCGCGAUACCAAUAUCAUCGCUGGAGGGUGCAUCAAUGGGCAGAUCAUUCUGUGGGACAUUGCUGAGUAUGAAGAUAAACUCAAAACAAACCGCAAAGCCAAAAGUGCCAACGAAGAUACCUCUGGCAACAAAGUCAUCAGCAACCGCCAUGUCGAGAUGGCCCCUAUCAAAUACUUUGCUGUUUCCUCGAUUGAACUCAGUCACAAGGGUCCGAUCUCGGACUUGCACUGGCUUCCCAAGAACAUGGAGCUCAACCACAGCGGCGAGUUUGCAGAGAGCGCCGAAAACGGACACAAGCAGCUCAUCACUGCCUCGGUUGACGGACAUGUUGCGUUCUGGGAUACGCGCGCCAAGAAGGAGCUCAAGGCCCUUGAUCUCGUGUGGAAGCCGUUUCUUCGGGUACCGUUGAGUGCCAUGGACAACACCUAUGACUAUGGUUUGACAAAGAUCAGCAUCCGAACGCAAAUCACGACUGAGAAGAGCGGAUCAGGUGGGCGGACAGCCAAGAAGGCGACUCCAGGCAACGGGUUCAGCAGCAAAUUUUACUGUGCCACUGAGGAGGGUGAUCUUAUAUACGCCGACUGGGUCGCCGAAAAGACAACCGAAGAAAAAGCCUCUCGGGUGGAGCAUGCAUUCAACUGCCACUUUGGGCCGAUGAGCGACGUGCAGCGCUCGCCGUUUUUCCCCGACGUUGUCCUCAGUGUUGGGGGGUGGUCUUUCCACAUCUGGAAGGAAAAAAUAGUGAUCGGCCCUCUCCUCAGUUCACCGCCAUCUCAAGCGUACAUGAUCUGCGGAAGAUGGAGCCCGACAAGGCCCGGCGUGUUUUACAUAUCCAAGUCGGACGGCACGAUCGAAAUCUGGGACCUUCUCGACCAGUCGCACUUGCCGAUCACGGUCCAAAACGUCUCGUCGAUUGCUAUAUCGUAUAUGACAAUUCACCAGUACCCGAACAAAUCGCAAAUGAACUCGCAGUUCAUUGCUGUCGGAGACGACGAAGGCACGCUUCACAUUCUCGAGGUGCCGCGAAAUCUGUCCAAGCCCGUCAAGAACGAACGAUCCAUCAUCCAAACCUUCUUUGAUCGGGAAGUGCGGCGUCUGUCGUACGUCAAGGGACGCAAGGAAAUCCGUAUAAGUGAAAAACCAAAAUGGGAGCAAGCCGCAAUCGAAGCCAGUUUGGCACAGAAGCGCAGCGAGGAGAAGAAAGUGGAGGAGAAGAAUCCUGAGGAGGAGGAGGAGAAAGCGGAGAAGGAGUAUCGUGCUAUGGAGCGCAGCUUCUUGGAAGCCGAGGGACUGCUGCCACCUGAGGAACCCGAAGCGCCUCCCGCAUAAGCCUCGAGCGAUUGCAAUCUCCACAGCCUGAGUCGCAUGCAAUGAAAUGGUUCGGUCGUGGUGCACGAAUCGCGUUUGACAGUGUCGGCCAACAUGAGACACAUAAGAUGAG